UGCCAAAGCCAAAAAGAAGGAUUUCUGUCAUGUCAAGAUUGCAAGAUUGACUGACUGUGUCACAAAAGUAAUCACAACUGAUCUACAAUAUUUGCCAUGAACAAAACAAAUACAUAUUCAUAUGUUAUGGAGAAAGGUUAUGUCGAACUCCCUCUUGGCCCACACCUUCUCUCUACUCCCCUCUGUCUCAUCCCUCCUUCUGUACAGUAUCUCUGUACGUCUCUUGUACCUCAAGGUGAACGGGGCGGGGCCGGAACUUGAUCUCUGUGUUGCUGCAGAAACCGCAACCUAAGUUUCUAAAUCAGGAAAGAUCAUCUAUACAUAGAUGAUAUGAGACAGUUCUGCAGCCACUGCCAGAUGUACAGAUGCGCAUACACCAACAGAGCUGUCCACUCUAAAUGUAAAUGUCCUCUAUUGCUGAACUCUCACUAUGCUAACGAGCCUUUAAAAAGCCAUGUCACUACACUAAUGAAUAUGCAUCAGUGGCCAAGCGCUGGUGACCUGUCGGGAUGGGACAGAGGUCACAAGAGGUGGGGCAUCAGUUCUCCCAUGAGACCUGAAUGGACAGAAAAGAACCACAUAGCGCACACACACACGCACACGCACACACAGAGGGAAGCAACACAAGAUGACCGGGCUGCAAUGCAACCAAUCCCAUCCCCAACCUCAUGUUUCCCUACCCUCCCUGUCUCUUUCACUCUCUUAUGAUCCAGCUUUCACACACCUGCACUCUUCUUCUUGGUGUUUAAGAACUGGUGAGACACAAAAACUCUUACCUCACUGUUUUCCUCCACCUCUCCUGUCCUCUCUUUUCUUUUGUCUUCCUCUUCUGCCUCUCUGUUAGGACUACCUGUGAGUCUGAACAUCGCUGCUGGGACGACUGCAUACAGAUAAUGACUGGAAACCGUCGCGCUGCCCCGUCUGCACCAGGCACCCCCACUACCUCAACCCACUUGCCAAAUGCAACAACCACGCUAGACCAAAUACAACCUGGAAGCCACAAUCCCAACAAAUUCAUGAGUGAACUGCACAGGAUCAACAUGCCAUCGUGGGCUGUUGCUGCUCUCUGCGUUGUGAGUUUGUGUGUGGCGCUGGCAUGUGUUGUGUGUGUGUGGAGGAAGUGUUUGAAAAAGAAGGACAAGGACAAAGAAAAGGACAAUAAAAAGGGAAAAGAGAAGAGCAAGGGAGACUUUGACACUGAAAUGGAUGGAGGUUAUAACAAGCCACAGAAAAUUGAAAGUAACAAAGAAACAGAGCUGUCAGAUAAUACACCCAAGGAGGAGGAGAAGCUGGGCAGGCUGCAUUUCACAUUAGACUACAACUUCACAGAUAACACGCUGGUUGUAGGCAUCCUACAGGCUGCUGAACUUCCUGCCAUGGACGUUGGAGGUAGUUCUGACCCUUAUGUAAAACUCUAUCUGCUCCCGGACAAAAAGAAAAAGUUUGAAACCAAAGUUCACAGGAAGACCCUCGAACCCAGCUUCAAUGAGACUUUCACAUUUAAGGUACCAUACACCGAGCUGGGCGGGAAGACACUGGUGAUGACUGUGUACGACUUUGACCGUUUCUCAAAACAUGACGCCAUUGGAGCUGUGAAAAUACCGAUGAGCAGUGUGGACUUCAGCCAGUCUCUGCAGGAGUGGAGGGAUCUGCAGAAGGCAGAGAAGGAGGAGAGUGAGAAGCUUGGAGACAUAUGUUUGUCCUUGAGGUAUGUGCCUACUGCAGGAAAGCUGACGGUGGUGAUUUUGGAGGCCAAAAACCUGAAGAAAAUGGAUGUGGGCGGAUUAUCAGACCCUUAUGUGAAGAUCCACUUAAUGCAGAAUGGGAAAAGACUCAAGAAAAAGAAAACAACGAUAAAGAAGAACACUUUGAACCCUUACUACAAUGAGUCUUUCAGCUUUGAAGUUCCAUGUGAACAGAUAGAGAAGGUGCAAAUAGCAGUCACCGUGUUGGACUAUGAUAAGAUUGGGAAGAAUGACGCCAUCGGGAAGCUGCUUCUGGGUGGUAACAGCACUGGAACCGAGCAGUGCCAUUGGUCAGACAUGCUGGCUAACCCACGGAGACCAAUAGCCCAGUGGCACAGCCUCCAGCCGGAGGAUGAAGUCAAUGCACUCAUUUCUAACAAGAAAUAAAACUAUGACCUCAUUGAGCUAUGAAACAUUUCAGCAUUUACCUCAAUUACUCUCAAUUCAUGCUCCAACCUCUCCCGUAAUUCCCCUUAAAGAAACCUUUUAAGCUACUUAACUAAGUAAAUCUACCCAAUAAUAUCCCGUUUUACCCAUAACACUAUCCAAGUCACUCUUAGGGACUUUAAGCCUUCCUCCUUCAGAAAUUCCCUCCACCUGCUUCUGCCUACACUGCUGCAAAGGGUUUUA